AGAUAAGGCUAACACUAUGAAUUGGGAAGAUGCCUCUUAGUGGAACCGAAGGAACUGUAUGAACAAGUAUCGUAGAGAAGCCGCAGUCUCAACGCUGAGCAGAGAGACAGACGACACUGUCCUACACUAGUCUCUCACGUUGUUGCCUUUUCAGCGGUCUAUUUUUUUUUUCUCUCUCUAAAUUCGAACCUACAACUCUAUUCAUCUCUAGAUCCAUCUCCUCGCCGGGAAAAACCAGAUUCUCCGCCGCCGUUAAGUCACUUCUCUCUGCCGGAAUCCCUCUUUUUUUCACCGUAUCCGGCGUUUCUCUCACGAUCGAGUCGGAAUGAGCACUGGAGAGCUCCUCACUAUCGAACCUCAAGAACUUCAGUUCCCUUUUGAAUUGAGGAAGCAGAUCUCGUGUUCUCUGCAACUUUCGAAUAAGACCGAUGAUUAUGUCGCUUUCAAGGUUAAGACCACAAAUCCUAAGAAGUAUUGUGUUAGGCCUAACACUGGAGUUGUGAUGCCUCGCAGCACAUGUGAUGUAAUAGUUACAAUGCAGGCGCAGCGGGAGACGCCUCAGGACAUGCAAUGCAAGGAUAAGUUUCUCCUUCAGAGCGCAAUUGCAAGUCCUGGAGCUACCGCUAAGGACAUUACUUCAGAUAUGUUCAAUAAGGAAGCAGGGAAUCGUGUUGAGGAGUGCAAAUUGAGGGUUGCUUAUGUUCCUCCACCACAGCCACCAUCCCCGGUGAGAGAGGGGUCAGAGGAAGGCUCUUCCCCUAGAGCUUCAGUAUCAGACAAUGGGAACAUCAAUGCUUCUGAAUUCACUGCAGUCUCAAGAGCAUAUGUUGAGCCUCAAGAUAACUCAUCCGAGGCAAGGGCUCUUAUUUCAAAGCUGACCGAGGAGAAAAAAUCUGCUAUUCAACAAAACAACAAGCUUCAGCAAGAAUUGGAGUUCCUCAGGCGUGAAAGCAACAGAAGUCGCAAUGGCGGUCUCUCAUUUAUAUAUUUUAUUCUCGUUGGUUUGCUUGGCCUCCUUAUGGGCUAUCUUAUGAAGAUGACAUGACCAAAGGAGUUGCCAUUUUUUUCCAUGUUUCACUCCCCCAGCUGUUUAAAAAAAACAAAAAACAAAAAACAAACCAAGUGUAGAAUAUUGAAGAAAACCAAAUUUGUGACAGAUAUGAGGGAGCUGUGGGUCAUUUGGUACCAGUAUGCAAUGACAGAAGAAAACAUGCUUUAGAUUUGAUGGGUUUUGUAAUUUGCUAAUGCAAGAAUAUUCUAGGUCAUUCAUUUGUGUGACUAACUGCUUUAUUAACAUUGCCUAUUUUGGUAACUUAGUAAGAUAAUCUCAUUUUUUUCUUUUGCC